CCCAUAGCUCCACACCGAGCACCCGGACUAUAAAUAACCUACCAGUUGGAGCUCAGUUGAAGGGUCCUGACAGCUGAGGGAGUGGGCCGUCCCGAGGUUCAGCUGGUGAGGGUUAGUAGCAGACGGACUGUGUCUCUGAAUCCUCUUUCCAGGCUAGAAACUAAAACUCUACUGUAAAAAAGAUCCACUUUGGUUUGAUUUGAAGCCCCUGAAAGGCUCUUUAAACCUGCCCUGCCAGGAACGAUGGCUCUACCAAUAAACCCCAUGGACGAACCCAGGCUGUACCAGCAGACGUUGCUCCAGGACGGCCUGUUCGACAUGCUGGAGAAUGAGAAGCUGGUUGACUGCGUGCUGAAGAUCAAAGACAAGGAGUUCCCCUGCCACCGCCUGGUCCUGUGCGCCUGCAGCUCGUACUUCCGCUCCAUCUUUCUGUCUGACCUGGAGGAGAGCAAAAAGAAAGAGAUCAUCUUGGAGGAUGUGGAGCCAGGUGUCAUAGGGCUGGUCCUCAAGUACCUGUACACCUCCAAAAUCAAUGUGACAGAGCAGAACGUCCAGGACAUCUUCGCAGUGGCUAAUGUGUACCAGAUCCCUUCAAUUUUCACUGUUUGUGUGUCUUUCCUACAAAAGCGCCUGAGCCUCAGCAACUGUCUGGCUGUCUUCAGGCUCGGCCUGAUGCUGGACUGUCCCAGAUUGGCCAUCUCUGCCAGAAACUAUGCCUGCGAGCGCUUCCAGCUCAUCUCCAGAGAUGAGGAGUUCCUCCAGCUGCUACCCGGUGAGUUGGCAGCCAUUAUAGCAAACGACAAUCUGAACGUAGAGAAAGAGGAGGAAGUGUUCGAGGCUUUGAUGAACUGGAUGUCCCGGGACACUGAGAGCAGAGAGAAAGAUCUGCCAGGUUUGCUGGAUUGUGUUCGUUUGCGUCUGGUCAAUGAGGAUUAUCUGAAGGAAAAAGUGGAGAAACACAAACUGAUCUCCUUUAAUCCUGAGCUGCAGCAGAAACUCCAGCUGGUUCGAGAUGCUCUUGCCGGGAAAAUGCCGGAGGUUAAAAAAAGCAAAAGCAAGAAGGAGGAGGGUGGAGCAGAGAUAGAUGGAAAUAAUGAGGAUACAGCAGAAGAAGAAGAAAUUCUUCUCCCAGGCAUCCUGAAUGACACCCUGCGAUUUGGCAUGUUUGUCAGGAACUUGAUAUUAUUGGUAAAUGAGGCAGGUGCUGUGGCCUACGACCCGACAGGGAACGAGUGCUUCGUGGCAUCACUUUCCACACAGGUCCCCAAGAACCACGUAAGCCUGGUCACAAAGGAAAACCAGAUCUUUGUGGCAGGAGGAUUAUUUUUUGAUGAACAGAACCAAGAAAAUCCACUGUGUUCUUAUUUCCUACAGUACGACCCGGUCAGUGCUGAUUGGCUGGGGAUGCCUCCCCUCCCGUCUCCACGCUUCCUGUUUGGGCUGGCCGAGGCUGAGAACUUCAUCUUUGUUUUGGGAGGGAGGGAACUGAAGGAGCAGGAGCACACGCUGGACUCAGUUUUGGUCUAUGACCGACAAUCUUUUAAAUGGGGUGAAUCAGAGUCACUUCCUUACCCGGUCUAUGGACAUGCAACUGUAACCCACAACGAUGUUGUUUAUGUGAUCGGAGGAAAGGGAGACACCAAGAGCUGUCUGAAGAAGAUGUGUGCGUAUGAUGCCAGGAGAUUUGAAUGGAAGGAGCUUGCACCCAUGAAGGUUGCACGUUCUUUAUUCGGAGCCAUCGUUCAUGAGGACAAAAUAUAUGUGGCGGCAGGAGUCACUGACACUGGGCUGACAGACACUGUGGAAGAGUAUGACAUCGCUACCAACAAGUGGUCAGACUUUGUAGCAUUUCCCCAGGAGCGUAGCUCUCUGAACCUGGUGUCUGUGGCUGGCUUGCUGUACGCUGUAGGAGGUUUUGCCAUGAUGCCUUUGGAGGACAGCGACGAGAUCAUUCCUAAAGAAAUGAACGACAUCUGGAGGUUUGACGAGACAGAGAGGAAGUGGAAUGGAAUACUCAAAGAAAUCCAGUAUGCUUCAGGGGCCACUAUUCUAGGGGUCCGCCUCAACACGCUGCGUCUCACCAAGAUGUAAACCCCCUUCCCUUCUUGUUAACAAAAAGUUGUGCACAGUGACAUCUAACAUUAGUGCUGUGGUGUUCAGUUUGUUCUAUUUUACACUAUGAUGCUCUAACAAUGUAGCUAUACUUUCGACUUAAUAUCACAUACAAUUUUAAUUUUUGAUUGAAGACAUUUUUAUAUACUUACAUUUCAGUGAUUUUAAUCUGAUUGAGAUUGUAAAACUGUAAACAAUCUGUAGCCUGUUGACAUUUUUUGCACUGUAAUGGAAUAAAAUGCAAGUAUUUAGCACCAAACAC